GCCCAGUCAGCGCCGCGCUGCCCGCCCAGCAUUCGGAACACAGAGCCACCGCCCAGGGGGAUGCGGGAGCCCCUGGCUCGGGGGAAAGGAGAGGCAGGCGGGGUGAGCGGCGUUGCCAGGCAACGGGCGAGCGCCGCGGUUGGGGAGCCAAGGACGUUAUGUCCCAGGCCCCAGGAGCCCGGCAGAGCCAGCCCUCCGUGUACCACGAGCGGCAGCGCCUGGAGCUGUGUGCCGUCCACGCCCUCAACAACGUCCUGCAGCAGCAGCUCUUCAGCCAGGAGGCUGCCGAUGAGAUCUGCAAGAGGUUGGCACCAGACUCCCGGCUGAACCCCCAUCGCAGCCUCCUGGGCACCGGCAACUAUGAUGUCAAUGUGAUUAUGGCUGCCCUACAGGGGCUGGGCCUGGCCGCUGUGUGGUGGGACAGAAGGAGGCCCCUGUCCCAGCUGGCCCUGCCCCAGGUGCUGGGGCUGAUCCUGAACCUGCCCUCGCCCGUGUCGCUGGGACUGCUGUCCCUGCCACUGCGCCGGCGGCACUGGGUGGCCCUGCGCCAGGUGGACGGCAUCUACUAUAACUUGGACUCCAAGCUGCGGGCACCCGAGGUCCUCGGGGACGAGGACGGCGUCAGGGCCUUCCUGGCAGCUGCACUGGCCCAGGGCCUGUGUGAGGUGCUGCUGGUGGUGACCAAAGAGGUGGAGGAAAAGGGCUGCUGGCUGCAGACAGACUGACCCCACGGAGGAGGACCACAGCCACCUUGGGGCUCAUCUGCUGCCUGCCUGGUGUGGUCCAUGUUGGCUGCCUGUGCCAGGGGAGGGCCAGGCCCCCGCUCCCUGGACCCCUUGGAGACCAACCCCUUCCCCAUGCCCUUGCCCCCCAGUGCUGCUGCUGCCUCAGUAAACCUGCUGAUUUGCUCUCA